AUCACAUAAACGUAAAUAAGGAAGUGGGCUGUUACUCAUUACAGCUAGUGGAUCAUGGACACAGUUAGCAAGCGAGGCUAAUCUCCAGUCUUUAAUUUCAUACAUUAGAAGAAAUAACAGUAAAUAUUUUUGGGAUUUCCACACAGCUGGUCACGACACCAGGAUGGUUGACGACUUCGAGCGUCAGGAGGUCCGAUCCAGUGGGGAGCUGUGGACCGAAAUCUGCUCCAGUCUGCCGGACGUGCAAGCUGAAGCAGCCCCAGAGAACAACCCGGAGUUUAAAGACUCAUUCCAGCCAGCGGCCCAAGUCGGAGUACAGGUCAAUGGACAGUCUAAUGGGACCAACACCGGUUCCUCCAGCGCCCAAUGGGAACCAAUGGAGGAUUCUGAGAUCUACAUUGCCAGUUUAGAGAACCGCCUGAAGAAACUCAAGGGCCAGUCCAGCGAUGUGACGUCCAGGGACAUGUUGCGUUCUUUGUCUCAAGCUAAGAAAGAAUGCUGGGAUAGAUUUCUGCACGACGCCCAGACAUCAGAGCUCUUCCAGGGCGGGGACAUGGAUGAGAGUGCACUUGAACACUUCAAGAGGUGGUUGAUUCCCGAGAAGGUGGCCAUCAGCGCAGAGGAGCUGGAAUUUCUUCUGAGGCCGUCCCAGAAUAAGGAAGCAGCUGAGCCGAACCAAACACAGAACGAUGACGAGGACGUCGAGGGAGAGCGACACAACACAGAGGAAGACGAUACCCACAGCCCGGAGAAAUGAGCGUGUUAAAAUAGUAAUGCUGAAAAAAGAACUAAUCAGGCUCACAUUAAGUAGAGGUGACUUGUUACCCCACGCACUCAUUUUGAGCUGCGUUAUGUCUCGGCAGUGUUAUGGCCAAAGCUUUUGUUAACAGCAGUCGAAAGGGGAAAUUAGAGCCUGUCAUCAUCCUCUGUAUCCCCAGCAACUGAGUGUUAAGUACUUAUUCAGUCACAUGUGUUUCGUCCUUGCUAUUCAUCCCCCUCAGCCAAAUCACACCGUGAGAAUAUAUCAUUAAAAAUUUUGAAUUGCAUUUGUUUGUCCUGUAGCAGUAACAUUUGCAUCUAGACUGUUAAGUGACCUCAUUAUAUCAGUUACAAGAAUGAGUCUCUACUUUAAAUACAAUGAAAGGCUAAUAAAGGACCACAUGCAGUAUCAUGUUGUAAAGCACUCCGAUGACGUUAGCAGCGCAUUUCUCUUGGAGAGAUUUUUCUGUUUUUUAAAAUCGUCUGGAGUAGGACUGUAUUCCAUCGAUAUUGUAAUGUAUUGUCUAACAUCUUUAUUUUUGCCAUGUUGAUUUUACAUCUAAAGUUUUAUCCAUGUUUCAAUAAAAACAAGUAGAAUUGGA